AUGGUGAACGGAAGCAGCGGCAGUCACCGAUCCCUUGGAGGGCACCACCUGAUUGUCUUGUUCGGACAAAGAAGAAGGAAAACGAAAGCAGUGGAACACAAAGAAGGGAGCAGGGGAGAGACGAAGGUUGGGACAGGCGGCUCCGGUGGGUUUUGCUCGAUAAUCACAGGGGGCUGCUUUGGCAGCCUCCUUGUUUUUUCUUCCUUUCGUUUUGAGCAGGAACUAGGGAGAAAGGAAGCUGGGAUUCGACAGAUAAAGGGGAAGAGCUAUGAUGGCGGCUUGAAUGGAGGAAGCAAGGAGCAAAGAUGGGGCUGUUUCCCCUCUUGGUCUCGCCGGAAAUAGCUUCACCUCCGGUGGAGCACCUUGGCAGCUUCUGGACAGAAAAAGGAAAACAAAAGAGGGAAGAAGGGAGACCGAGAAUGGGAGUGUGAGGAAUGGGAUGAAGCUUUUCUGAUCAUCUGCAUAUUUUUUAGUAGGUAAUUUGAUGAUAAAUUAUGUACUACAAUCUUGGAAAGAUCUUGUAGAGUACCUUGCAUACUAUUGGUCUUUAUUUGUACAUGUAGGUGUUUUGUGAUUGAGAAAACUGGUAACAUACAUGUAUCUAGUCAUGUAUUUGGUU